GGCGGCGCCGACGGCGGUGGUGGCGGCGGCGGCCUGGCUCGGGAGGCGCUCCUCGGGCCAAGGCCAUGGCCCCGCGGCUGCAGCUGGAGAAGGCGGCCUGGCGCUGGGCGGAGACGGUGCGGCCCGAGGAAGUGUCGCAGGAGCACAUCGAGACUGCCUACCGCAUCUGGCUGGAGCCCUGCAUCCGCGGCGUGUGCAGACGAAACUGCAAAGGAAAUCCAAAUUGCUUGGUUGGGAUUGGUGAGCAUAUUUGGUUAGGAGAAAUAGAUGAAAAUAGUUUUCAUAACAUCGAUGAUCCCAACUGUGAGAGGAGAAAAAAGAACUCGUUUGUGGGCCUUACAAACCUUGGAGCUACCUGUUAUGUCAACACGUUUCUGCAAGUGUGGUUCCUCAACCUGGAGCUUCGGCAGGCACUGUACCUGUGUCCAAGCACCUGUGACCACAGGAUGGGAGAUGGGAUCCGAGAAGAGAAAGAUUAUGAGCCUCAGACAAUUUGUGAGCAUCUCCAGUACCUGUUUGCCUUGUUGCAGAAUAGCAAUAGGCGAUACAUUGAUCCAUCUGGAUUUGUUAAAGCCUUGGGUUUGGACACUGGGCAACAGCAGGAUGCUCAAGAAUUUUCAAAGCUCUUUAUGUCUCUAUUGGAAGAUACUUUGUCUAAACAAAAGAAUCCAGAUGUGCGGAACAUUGUCCAACAGCAGUUCUGUGGGGAAUAUGCUUAUGUAACUGUUUGCAAUCAGUGUGGCAGAGAGUCUAAGCUUUUAUCAAAGUUUUAUGAACUGGAGUUAAAUAUUCAAGGCCACAAACAGUUAACAGAUUGUAUCUCGGAAUUUUUGAAGGAAGAAAAAUUAGAAGGAGACAAUCGAUAUUUUUGUGAAAAUUGUCAAAGCAAACAGAAUGCAACAAGAAAGAUUCGACUUCUUAGCCUCCCUUGCACCCUGAACCUGCAGCUUAUGCGUUUUGUCUUUGACAGGCAAACUGGACAUAAGAAAAAGCUGAAUACCUACAUUGGCUUCUCAGAAAUUUUGGAUAUGGAACCUUAUGUAGAACACGAAGGCGGAACCUACGUGUAUGAACUCAGUGCAGUCCUCAUCCACAGAGGAGUGAGUGCGUACUCUGGCCACUACAUCGCCCACGUGAAGGAUCCACAGUCGGGUGAAUGGUAUAAGUUUAAUGAUGAAGACAUAGAAAAGAUGGAGGGGAAGAAAUUGCAACUAGGGAUUGAGGAAGAUCUAGCAGAACCUUCUAAGUCCCAGACUCGUAAACCUAAGUGUGGCAAAGGAACUCAUUGCUCUCGAAAUGCAUACAUGCUGGUUUACAGACUACAGACUCAAGAAAAGCCCACCACGGUUGUUCAAGUUCCAGCCUUUCUUCAAGAGCUGGUAGAGCGAGAUAAUUCCAGAUUUGAGGAGUGGUGUGUUGAAAUGGCCGAGAUGCGCAAGCAAAGCGUGGAUAAAGGAAAAGCAAAGCACGAAGAGGUUAAGGAGCUGUACCAAAGGUUGCCUGCUGGAGCUGAGCCCUAUGAAUUUGUCUCCCUUGAAUGGCUGCAAAAGUGGUUGGAUGAAUCGACACCUACCAAGCCUAUUGAUAAUCACGCAUGCCUGUGUUCCCAUGACAAGCUACAUCCAGAUAAGAUACCGAUUAUGAAGAGGAUAUCUGAAUAUGCAGCUGACAUUUUCUACAGUAGAUAUGGAGGUGGUCCAAGACUAACUGUGAAAGCCCUGUGUAAGGAAUGUGUAGUAGAACGAUGCCGUGUAUUGCGUCUGAAGAACCAACUAAAUGAAGAUUAUAAAACUGUUAAUAAUCUGCUAAAAGCAACAGUAAAGGGCAAUGAUGGAUUUUGGGUGGGGAAGUCCUCCUUGCGGAGCUGGCGCCAGCUGGCUCUUGAGCAACUAGAUGAGCAAGACGGUGAUGGAGACCAAAGCAAUGGAAAAAUGAACGGCAACACCUUGAACAAAGAUGAAUCAAAGGAAGAAAGAAAAGAAGAAGAGGAGGAAUUAAAUUUUAAUGAAGACAUUCUGUGUCCACAUGGCGAGUUAUGCAUAUCUGAAAAUGAAAGAAGGCUUGUUUCUAAAGAGGCUUGGAGCAAGCUGCAGCAGUACUUUCCAAAGGCUCCUGAGUUUCCAAGUUACAAAGAGUGCUGUUCACAGUGCAAGAUUUUGGAAAGAGAAGGGGAAGAAAAUGAAGCCUUACAUAAGAUGAUUGCAAACGAGCAAAAGACUUCUCUUCCGAAUUUGUUCCAGGAUAAAAACAGACCAUGUCUCAGUAACUGGCCAGAGGAUAUGGAUGUCCUAUACAUCGUGUCACAGUUCUUUGUAGAAGAGUGGCGGAAAUUUGUGAGGAAGCCUGCGAGGUGCAGUCCGGUGUCAUCAGUUGGAAACAGUGCUCUCCUGUGUCCCCACGGGGGCCUCAUGUUUACAUUUGCUUCCAUGACCAAAGAGGACUCUAAACUUAUAGCUCUCAUAUGGCCCAGUGAGUGGCAAAUGAUACAAAAGCUCUUUGUCGUGGAUCAUGUAAUUAAAAUCAUGAGAAUUGAAUCGGAGGAUGUAAACUCUUCAGAAACACAGUAUAUUUCUGAUCCCAAACUCUGUCCAGAAUGUCGAGAAGGCUUGUUGUGUCAGCAGCAGAGGGACCUGCGUGAAUAUACUCAAGCCACCAUCUAUGUCCAUAAAGUUGUGGAUAAUAAAAAGGUGAUGAAGGAUUCAGCUCCUGAGCUGAAUGUGAGUAGUUCUGAAACAGAGGAAGACAAGGAAGAAGCUAAACCAGAGGGAGAGAAAGAUCCAGAUUUCAAUCAAAGCAAUGGGGGAGCAAAGCGGCAAAAGGUAUCCCACCAGAAUUACAUUGCCUAUCAGAAGCAGGUGAUUCGCCGGAGUAUGCGCCAUAGAAAAGUUCGUGGUGAGAAAGCACUUCUCGUUUCUGCUAAUCAGACGUUAAAAGAGUUGAAAAUUCAGAUCAUGCAUGCAUUUUCAGUUGCUCCUUUUGACCAGAAUUUGUCAAUUGAUGGAAAAAUUUUAAGUGAUGACUGUGCCACCCUUGGCACCCUUGGCGUCAUUCCUGAAUCUGUCAUUUUAUUAAAGGCUGAUGAACCAAUUGCAGAUUAUGCUGCAAUGGAUGAUGUCAUGCAAGUUUGUAUGCCAGAAGAAGGGUUUAAAGGUACUGGUCUGCUUGGACAUUAACCUUUGAAUACUUGCUGACUGCUAAGAAAUGACCAGAAGGGAAGAGAAGUUUGACAUGCUAGGGCAUUAAAGAAAAGGUGGAUUUAAGAAUUAAACCAUGACAUGACUCUUCCAAAAGGCAAAAAUCCAUUCAACAGUGACUGUCCCAAAUGCCUUAUGUCAAAUAAAGCAGAUUGCACUGAUGGACAUCAGACUUGAAGGACAUGUUUCCAAUUUUAUAUUUAAGGGAAUGGCGGGAGGAAGGGGGCAAGUACAGACUGGACGAGUUUAGUAGCAGUAACAGUAAAUCAUGUUUACAUAUAAGAUUUAUAGUCAUGGGAGGGAAGAAAGUUCUGUUAUAUUUCCUUGCUCGCAUUUCAUACCAGAUGCGUUGGGCCACAGAGGAUUUGUAUCACAGUAGAUGGGACAACAUUCUGCUCUGAACGAAAAGUUAUUCUUUAGAGACAUAACUGCUUACCAAUGCCUGUCUUGAUCAUAUUCUACUUUCAAUAAAGCAUGAAAGUGAAGAACUUGCCGUAAGUGUGGAAAAGUGUCUUCAGAUUUAGACUCCUCCGUGUCAGCUGCAGCGCCCCUGCCUCACACCUGCCCAGCGGGCUAUCUUGGUGUCGGGGAAGGAAGGGGGACACACGUGUCUCCUGCCAUGAGCAAGGAAUGGUGUCUCAUGUUUGGCUUCCGAGGCUUUUUGCUUUUUGGAGAACGUUGAUUACAUGUGCUAGCAUCUUCUCCAGUUUCGCUAUUAUUCAGAAGUGGGAGAUACACCUUGCACGUUUAAAAAAAAUCUGACUGCCUUAUCAGAAGAGUAAACCGGACUGAAGUACAUUUGGAUAACAUGCGGCUUUUCUAAAAUGUGUUCUUCUGCCCUCCAAGGCCGCUGAUUCUUGGACCCCACCUCUCCCUUUGAAAGCAUUCUUCUGAAAUGCCCUGAGAUGAUCUCUUAGGUCACUUUGUUUAAAAAAGAGGAUAAAGAGUAUGGAUGGGAUGUGCUGCUUUAUCCAACUCAGGAUUAUGGUUCUUAGCAACACACAACUGAAGCAAUAUUCUUGAGAAUAUUGAAGGAUUUUUCAAAUGGAACUUAAGACUGGAGUUUGUUUCUUUUAAAAAAGGAAAAAUUGCUUUCUCUGUUGAGUAUGUAUGUAUGUGUUGUGGCCGAGAUGCUGACUUAGGCAUCUCUCAUGUUAACACUUUUCUUGCCCUUGGGUUUGUGCUGGGCUCUUUUUUUUUUCUCCUUUCAUGAAAAUUUGAACUCAAAUAAUGGGUGAAGGAGGCAGGUUUCCAUUUGAGAACCGGUAACCUUGGCAGCAUCCCUUCUGAAUAGCUCUUUUUGUCAGAAUAAUUGUGGCCAUUUGGUAAAAUGCUAACUUGUGUUUGUGUUUCCCCUCUGUGUUUGCAAUGUGUUCAGUCCAGGGGGUCUUAAUGAGCCCGUGGGGGCGGUGAGAGCUGCACGCAGCACCCUUGAGCGUCAUCCUGGGAGCAGCAGUCGAGGGACCAUGGUUCUGCCUUGAGGUCGGCACAGGGGAAGGACUUGAAGUUGAGCCGAUGGAUACUAAUCCUGAUUUUUAGGUCUCAGUGUUUCACUUAGCUCCAAAGAAACGAAGCUGGAGCCUAAAAGUAAUAACAAAGCAACUUGCUCUUUCCCAAGUAUAAAGACAUGCACUGGCGCUCACAUGGGGCUUGGUGGGGCCGCUUCCUUUUCCUUAUGGAGAAGCUCACUGGUUAGAGGAGAGUCUUUCUGGGGAUUGGCAGAAACGUGUCAGUAGCCCCAGAUAUCAGACACCUUUUUCCCAGUUUGCUGUUAAUAACAAUUUUAAAAUUUGUUACAUGGAUAUUUUUUCCUCACGCAGUAGUACAAAAUAACAGCCUUUUGCAAGUCUUCCAGGCUGAUACCCAUCCCGGCACCGGCUCCUCUGUUGUCUCUGCGCAGAAGGUCGCGUGGCCCUGAGGAAGCAGGUGACACUGCAGGAGUCCCUCCUCAGCCCCAGCAGUCUUCCUCCUGUGCCCACUACCUUGUUUUGCCAGUCCUGCUCUGGCAGACGCUGGGAAGCUGUAUGACAAAUGCAGUUGCUCAGGCCCCAGACCCACUGAGUCGGAGUCUGCAUGCGCAGGCCACUCGUAUGCUCCUCCUAGAGGUGUGAGAGCGCCUGGACUGGGGUUUCUUUCCCACCCACAGCAGGUAGAGCUGCAAAGAAAUGUCCAUGUGUGUUCCGUGGCGUUGCCUUGCUGCCUGAUCACUUUGCACAAGGAAACAGGUACAUGGUGUAACCUGCAGCCCUGUUCUUGUUUUGUGUUAUUUACAGAUGGAUGGAGCCCACCUGUCUCCUGGGCUGCGACCACAUUGAAGUGCAGAGCCCCUGUGGGGUUGUAGUGCUGCGUGUGCCCUUCCCGAUGUUAGAUAGGCCUCCGCAUAAGGUGUGCAGCUUGGGGCUCCCCUUUUUAUUCCUGACCAUUCUUUAAGCCCAAACUAAAGGGCACAGCAUCUACCAUGUGGAUACAGAUUGUUACCAUUACCUGAAAUAUAGGUUGCCGCUUGGGUGUCUUCACUCCCUGGGGGAAUUAGCAUCUUUCUGUGUAUUUAUGAACUUUGUUGUUUAGAAUUACUGUUACCUUCCUGCUACAUUAAAAUGACAUGAGUGUCUCUUUAUUUCUGCGGAA